AGUGGGAGCAACGCAAUGCACUUAAGAAAGGGCAAACGUAGGCUGUACGUCAGGGAAAGCUUCCUGCCAGUGAGAUCUUUCCAGCUGGGGAAUGGUCUCACUAGGGAAGGGGUGAAAGCCCCAUGUGUUGGUGCUGUUCAAACAACUUGCACAGCCCCUUGCCACAUUGUAGGGCCUGCAUCAAAGAAGAAUUUCAUAUCUAAUUCAUCUACAGGCCUGACUGAGGAGCAGAAGGAAUUUCAAAAGGUCGCCUUUGACUUCGCUGCCAAGGAGAUGGCCCCUCACAUGGCAGAAUGGGAUGAAAAGGAAAUAUUCCCCGUGGAGACAAUGCAGAAGGCAGCCCAGCUGGGGUUCGGUGGGAUCUAUGUGAAACCAGAUGUAGGUGGCUCAGGACUGUCACGGCUUGAUACCUCCGUCAUCUUUGAGGCUUUGUCGACUGGAUGUACCAGCACCACUGCCUACUUGAGCAUCCAUAACAUGUGUGCUUGGAUGAUUGACACCUUUGGGAACGAGGAGCAGAGACACAAGUUCUGCCCAUCCCUCUGUAGCAUGGAGAAGUUCGCCUCUUACUGCCUGACCGAGCCGGGAAGUGGAAGUGAUGCAGCUUCCCUGAUAACGUCAGCCAAAAGGAAAGGCGACACCUACGUCCUUAAUGGUUCCAAGGCCUUCAUCAGUGGCGGUGGUGACACAGAUGUGUACGUGGUCAUGUGUCGCACAGGGGGGUCUGGCCCCAAAGGCAUCUCCUGCCUGGUGCUGGAGAAAGGAACUCCAGGGCUCAGCUUUGGCAAGAAAGAGAGGAAGGUGGGCUGGAACUCCCAGCCGACUCGGGCCGUGAUCUUCGAGGAUUGUGCUGUUCCCGUCACCAACCGGCUGGGUGCAGAAGGGCAGGGCUUCAGCAUCGCCAUGAAGGGUCUGAAUGGAGGGAGGAUCAACAUUGCUUCUUGUUCUCUAGGAGCUGCUCAUGCCUCUGUCCUCCUGGCCCAGGACCAUCUCACCAUCCGCAAACAGUUUGGGGAACCCCUGGCCAGUAACCAGUACCUCCAGUUCAGACUGGCUGAGAUGGCGACGCGCCUGGUGGCAGCACGGCUCAUGGUACGGAAUGCGGCGCAGGCACUGCAGGAGGAGCGGGAGGAUGCCAUUGCCCUAUGCGCCAUGGCCAAACUCUUUGCCACUGAUGAGUGCUUCACAAUCUGCAACCAGGCCCUACAGAUGCAUGGGGGCUAUGGCUACCUGAAAGACUAUGCUGUGCAGCAGUUCAUGAGAGACAUCAGAGUCCACCAGAUCUUGGAAGGUACCAACGAGGUGAUGAGGAUGAUAGUGGCCAAGAGUCUAUUACAGGAGUGAAACCAGGAUCUGGUCUCUAGUCUUAAUACACUCCACUUGCUAGGUAGAACAUUGUCUAUUGCUCCUGUUUCCAUAGACUCCUUCCCUGGGAGUGGGACUGUACCAGUGGAAAAACUCUUGACUUUUUCUGAUCCCAAGCACAGCUGUAUGCAGGCCACGUGGGGUCCCAGCUGUAUGCGGUGCCAGGCAGAGCCGCUGGUAUCAAGGACGCCAAAGAUAAAAAUCAGACAUGAAUGAAAGCCUUUGUCCCUGUCUCCUGACUAUGGGCCACUGCUGCUGCCCUGCCCCUCCCCAGACAGAAACUUUAGAUCUGUGGAGUCAUCCAGUCCACCUUUAUGCCAAGACAGGAUUAAAACAGAGGGAAUCCAGUCAGCCCCUCUCCUUCCCUGGGGCAUGUCUAAGGCAGAUAUGGAGGCAUAGCCUGCUGAUUAAUUUCAGGCAGGACUGUGCACAUGCGUGGUCUCCUAUGGAUCAAUAAGGCAACACCUUUGAAUCACAGGGAGAAUCUGUUGCCUUGUUUAAAUCCUUGUCUUUACAAGCUGCUGUGCAAGUCAUCCAUAAAGAUUGUAUCUCCAUGAGUUGUUACAAAGUGCAGUGAGCAUUUAAAACCCAUUGAAGGGAAUGGGGAGUGCCUGGUGCUAAUCUGAAAGCAUCGCUGCUUCUCAUUUCCUAGAGUUCUCCUACCUAGUGCAACUGGCUCUUGCUCCACCCCAUCUCACUUAAUGCUUUCAUUAGCAUUAUGAAUCCUGGGUAAUGGGAUCAGGGGGAUAGAUGAGAGAAUCUUGCACAAGAAAACCUGGGCUCCUUAUUGUCAAAUUUACCUCUGCCCAGAAAUGUAUAAUAUGAGCAGAGUCAGAGGUUUACUCCCUCCCCAAUGUCGGAAUCAAUAAAGCUAUGACAGUAAAAUCACAA